AUGGCACAUCUUCUCGUUGUGAUUAGUAUGCUGGUGGUCCUGGCGAAAGGAUCUUUCUUGAAUGAUCCCCAGCAGGCAGACAUUUAUGAUGCAGGAGCAAGUGUUCAUCAGGAGGGAUAUCUUCCAGUCGAAGAUGCUUUGGAUCAUCAAUCCCAACAUCACGGAGACAUAGCUUCUCAUCACGACGGAUCCCAUCAUCAUUUGGAACAGAGACACCAUGAGCAUCAUCACCUGGCCGAGCCGCACCAUCUUACCGAUCAUCAUUUGGAUGCGCACCAUCUGCAACACCAUCACGUGGAAUCACCUCAUCUUCAACAUUAUCAUUUGGAGGCACCUCAUUUGCAACAUCAUCAUCUAGACGGAGCUCAUCUCCAACAUCAUCAUCUGGAAAUACCCCAUCAAGUCUCCCCCUUGCAUCACUAUCAGCACCACCACCAGCAUCAUCAUCGCAACUGCCAUGCGAUCCAUUGCCCCCGGACUCACAGUUUAACCUAUGCCACUGAUGGUCACUCGUGCUUCAGACUGGAUAACUUUUGCGAAUUGGCAGUGAUCAAUUGCAUUCGUCGCAAUGAGCUUCAUCCUGUGCUUCACCACAUUAGUCAACACGAGUGCCACCAUCUACCCGGAGGCUACAAGACAUUGUAG